AAGGAAAACCCCCUAAUCCCGCGAAAUCGAAAGCGAAAGAAAAACAAUGUCAGUGUCCUUAACUAACCCUGCGCUAAAAUAGGAGAGAUUUAAGAGGAUUUCGUCUAAAAAAAGGCGAAAGACGGGAGAACGCGUAAUAAUAAAAAUAACAACCAAAAAUAUCAUAUGAUUUCUUUUUUUAUUAGCAGCCUAUAGGAUAUGCGUGUGGGUUAUUUCGCAUUACGGCGGUAACUGAUUUAUACAUCCAACAUGCGGAAAGUUUUGGCGUUCGCGUGUAUAUUAUGUGUGGACAUAAUCAUCGUUUACAUUCUGGACCUCGGGGGAACUUUGUUUAAGUCUCGUCCAAGUCAUUUUGACCUUAAUCUAUUACGCCAAUGGGCUGAAUCUGGACUGCGAUGCACACUGCUGUACACUGGAUCCCUUUACUGUAAAGAUGCCGCACAUCCGUUGAUAAGGCGAUGGAUUGCAGUCCACUGUGUAAUCGGUUCGGUGUACGAAACCGGACGCUCGACAAUAUUUGGCAACUAUCGGCUAGAUAAAUUCAAUAUGUGGCUUGUCGGUACCGUGGCUGCUGCUUUGGCUAGUCUGUUAUGGGAAAUCACUUUGCCUGACACGAAUGGAAAGGGUAACGGCAAAGAGAGCAAACAGAAGGCUAGACUUCUCUUCAUGAGGGUCAUCCGUUUCUACAAACCUGACUACAUAUUAUUGUGUGGAGCUUUUGUCUUUCUGGCCUUUGCUGUGCUCUGUGAGAUGUUCAUCCCACUGUACACGGGAGAAGUGAUUGACAUUUUAGGUUCCAAGUACCAGUGGGAUAACUUUAGAUUUGCUAUCAUUCUCAUGGGAUUAUUCUCAUUGGGAAGUUCUUUCAGCGCAGGUUGUCGUGGAGGCCUCUUCAUGUGCGCCAUCAAUAGAUUCACUAGCAGAGUCAAGUUGCAACUGUUUGGGUCCAUUGUCAGACAGGACAUUUGCUUCUUUGAGACCAUCAAGACAGGUGAUAUCACAUCUAGACUGUCCACAGACACCACUCUGAUGGCCCGGGCUGUGGCACUGAAUGUUAAUGUUCUUCUGCGGACCACGAUAAAGACCCUGGGCAUGCUUUAUCUGAUGGUGAGCCUGUCUUGGAAGCUUACACUUCUGAUGUUGAUGGAAACACCACUGACGGGCUUACUGCAGAACAUAUAUGACACACAUUAUCAGAGGCUGUCAAAAGAAGUUCAGGACUCCAUGGCACAUGCUAAUGAAACUGCUGGGGAGGCCGUUUCAGGCAUCAGGACUGUAAAGAGCUUCAGGACCGAACCGGGGGAAGCCAGACGCUAUUAUGUCCGCUUGAUGAACACUCAUAAUCUAAAGUCCCGACGGGACACAGUCAGGGCAGUUUACCUGCUAGUUAGACGGAUGACAGAAUUGGGGAUGAAGGUGGCCAUGUUGUACUAUGGGAGGCUCUUUAUCCAAUAUGGACAGAUGAGCACAGGAAAUCUUGUCUCCUUCAUUCUCUAUCAGUCAAACCUUGGGAGGAACAUUAGGACUUUGAUCUAUAUCUUUGGAGACAUGCUGAACUCAGUGGGUGCGGCUGGUAAGGUGUUUGAGUACCUAGACCGAAAGCCUGAAGUCAGUACUGAUGGCAACCUGCAGCCCGAUGAUCUCAAGGGACAUAUCAACUUUCUGGACCUCACCUUCUCCUAUCCCAGAAGACCCAACCACAAUGUGUUAAAGAACUUCUCUCUUGAGUUGAAGCCAGGUCAGAUGACUGCUCUGGUGGGAAUGUCAGGUGGGGGGAAGAGCACCUGUGUGAGUUUGCUGGAGAGAUUCUACCAGCCUCAGCAGGGACAGAUCCUGCUUGACGGACAACCACUACAGAACUAUCAGCACAACUACAUACACAGCAAGAUAGCAAUGGUGGGUCAGGAGCCUGUACUUUUCUCUGGUACUGUACGGGACAAUAUCACCUAUGGUCUGGUGGGCUGUUCAAUGGAGAGAGUAAAGGAAGCUGCCAGUAAAGCCAACGCCCAUGCCUUCAUCAGCAAACUGGAAAAUGGCUAUGAUACAGAUGUGGGAGAGCGUGGUAAUCUGCUCAGGGGUGAGAAACAGCGUAUUGCCAUCGCCAGAGCUCUGAUAAGACAACCUCAGGUCCUCAUACUGGAUGAAGUGACCAGCUCCCUGGACACUGAAAGUGAACAAAUGGUUCAGCAAGCCCUGGCCAGUUGCCCCACCCAGACUCUGCUUGUGAUUGCUCAUAGGCUGAAGACCAUUGAGAAGGCGGAUCAGAUAGUGUUGAUUGACAGCGGGCAGGUUGUGGAGCAGGGCACUCAUGAUGAACUAAUGGAUAGGAAGGGAAGUUACUAUAAACUGAGAGAGAGGCUCUUUAAUGAUGAUAACACAGUCAACAAAAAAAAACAAAAAUGAUCAUGAUGAAAGUCUAAAAGUCUGUGCCAAAAUGUUGUACUAGUGCAUAAUAAGCAAACAAUUUUUGUAAAUACUUUUCUUUAAGUACACAAUAAAUAUUUUAGAGAUCUGGUACACCUGUACAUAAAAAUAACCAUAAUUGGGCAAAGUUGUAAUAUUUGA